GCUCCCUCUGUCAUUUAUCUUCCUACUCAUUCAAUCCCAACCGGAAGAGUUUUCCUUCUUACAUCUCACGCCUCACAACCUCUCCUUCCUUUUCCUUUGCCUGCGGUUACCUCCUCACGCUCGUCACAAGUAUCUUUCAGUCUUUCGCAUCUUGCCGUCGAUCGCCGGCGAGAAUCUUUUCCGUUCAUCCUCUCUCAGAUUCACAUAGUUGGGUUUCACCACCGUCAGAUUCACAUAGGGUCAGAUAUGGCAGCAACAUCAGCAACUAUUUUGUCAAUUGGAGCAACUGAAUCACUUAAUAGCAAACUCAACUCGUUUUCCCUUUCAAAGUCUGCUAGCUUAAGAAUCAGUUCACAUGAGACGCUUCAGAGCUUCUGUGGCCUCAAGUCAGAUUCAUCCCUUCGUUGUGACUUGGAGUCGUCUUUCUUAGGGAAACAGAGCAGAGCUGCCCUAUGGCGUCAUCUUGCUCCAUCAGCACAAAGAGUGAACUCAAAUGCAUGCAAAAAUCUUCAACCUCAAGCCUCUUAUAAAGUUGCUGUUCUUGGAGCUGCUGGAGGAAUAGGUCAGCCUCUAGCCCUUCUCAUCAAGAUGUCGCCGUUAGUUGCCACCUUGAACCUUUAUGAUAUUGCAAAUGUCAAGGGUGUUGCUGCUGAUAUCAGCCAUUGUAACACUCCCUCAAAAGUUCAGGAUUUCACUGGACCUUCUGAAUUAGCCAAUGCUUUAAAAGAUGUAGAUGUUGUUGUCAUACCUGCUGGGGUUCCAAGAAAGCCCGGUAUGACUCGUGAUGACCUCUUCAACAUAAAUGCUGGCAUAGUGAAAAGUUUGGUUGAGGCAGUUGCUGAUAAUUGUCCUGAUGCUUUCAUUCAUAUCAUUAGCAACCCCGUGAACUCAACUGUUCCAAUAGCAGCAGAAGUUCUAAAGCAGAAGGGCGUGUACGAUCCAAAGAAGCUUUUUGGUGUUACUACUUUGGAUGUUGUUCGGGCAAACACUUUCGUUGCCGAAAAGAAGAACCUUAAACUGAUUGACGUUGAUGUCCCAGUUGUUGGGGGACAUGCUGGAAUAACAAUUCUUCCUUUGCUAUCAAAGACACGCCCUUCAGUAAGUUUUACAGAUGAACAAAUUCAUGAACUGACUGUUAGAAUUCAAAAUGCGGGAACUGAAGUUGUGGAAGCGAAGGCUGGGGCAGGAUCUGCUACCCUUUCAAUGGCAUAUGCUGCAGCACGAUUUGUCGAAUCAUCUCUUCGUGCUCUGGAUGGAGACAGUGAUGUUUAUGAGUGCACUUUUGUGGAGUCUGAUCUAACUGAGCUUCCCUUCUUUGCCUCGAGGGUUAAGCUUGGGAGGAAAGGAAUUGAAGCCUUUGUAACUUCUGAUCUUCAUGGUUUAUCUGAGUACGAGCAAAAGGCACUUGAAGCUUUAAAGCCAGAAUUGAAGGCAAGCAUUGAGAAGGGCAUUGCUUUUACACAGAAGCAAGCUGUAGCGGCUUAAAAUCUCGCUUUUCCAAAACAUGCUUGGAGAGUAGUAUUGAAUCCCAAUAAUCGAUUUGCGGCUUUUCAUCUUGUUUAGUAGUUUGUAUGUUUUCAUUUUACCUCGUAAUUAUCAAAAUAAUGUAAUCGUUUCAUUAGGAGUUCCUAGUAAUUGAAAAUUUUGUAAUAACACGGUUAGUUAUAUUGUGCACCUCAUCAUAAGGCACACUGGGAUUACAUUUUUGGGGUUAAUACCUGAAAAGUAUACAUAAUUUGUUUGUUGGCGAUGUUCUUUAAGAGUAAAGAAUGUUCGAUGUUCAUUUUGA